CUUGAAAAAAAUCGCUUAUCAAUGACGAAAAGAGAUUUUUCAGCUGUGUGUACACUGGAAGUCAUAUAUGCUUUAUCGCCUAAAGUUGGACAAUUCCACGUCGAAUGCGUGGGUUACAGUGCACCCCAUGCACUAUAAUUUAGAAGUUUUCAACUUCAGAUAUGAAGACGUAGACGGCGGCAAAUAUACCGCGAGUUUAUUAACCUCAAUUCGAGAUCGAAACACAAGUUUGGCAUUAGAGCGUUGGAUGCUCGAUGUAUGACAUCACAUUUGACGUAUGACUAAUUCGAUUAUAUGUCCUUUUAUAUUUUCUUACGCAUGCAAGUAAUAAAGCGAUUUUAAGAUGAUUGCGUCGGAAAUUGGCUCUACAAAUGCGGAUCCUGUGCACGUCAGGAUUACAAGUGAAAAAGCUCCGCUGAUCCAUGGUAGGGGUGUGCUUCAACGACUGAGUAAUAUUUUUAAAAUUGGGAGGACAGCUCAUACAGAGGGAGAUGGCUAUGUCGAGUUUGGGAAUCUUGGUGUGGAUGGCACUCGUACAUUGGGAACCUUUGCUGGUGUAUUUAGCCCAGUUACAUUAUCUAUGUUCAGUGCCUUAGUUUUCAUACGAAUGGGAUAUAUUGUGGGCAAUGCAGGAUUACUCGUCACUCUAGUUCAGUUUAUUAUAGCGUAUAGUAUUUUGUUAUUCACAGUUGCGUCUGUUUGUGCUAUUUCGACAAAUGGCGCCGUGGAGGGUGGUGGUGCUUACUUUAUGAUUAGUCGUACAUUAGGGCCUGAAUUUGGUGGCUCUAUCGGCACCCUCUUCUUUAUGGCCAAUAUAGUAUCCAGUGCACUUUGCAUCUCUGGAUGUGCUGAGGGUUUGGUCGAAAAUUUUGGUCCAUCCGGUUAUUUGAGCGGCAAUACUGGGCUUAUACCAGACGGCCGGUGGUGGAGAUUUUUAUAUUGUUCCGUGCUAAACACCGCUAAUCUUGUAGUAUGUCUUAUCGGAGCCGCAAUGUUCGCGAAAACCAGUGUCAUAAUUUUGGCGGUUGUCUGCAUCUGUCUAAGUAGCGUCUUUAUCAGUUUUUUGACACAAGGCGCGAUGGAGAUACCAAUACCAGAUGCGAAUACGUUGGUACAAAACUUAACAGAGCAUGUAAAUGGAAGUUACACAGGUCUACUAUCUUCUACGCUUUCUAGCAAUCUCUAUUCGAAUUACAGCGCCGAUUAUUCAAGCGGAGGCACCAUUACGAAUUUUGCGAGUGUGUUUGGUGUAUUGUUCAGCGGUGUAACUGGAAUAAUGGCUGGAGCCAAUAUGAGCGGUGAGCUGAAAAAUCCUGGACGGAAUAUUCCGCGUGGAACGUUAUCCGCGGUAUUAUUUACAUUUGUAUGUUAUAUUUUGCUGUCUAUAUUGACGGCCGCUACUACUAGCCGCUUUUUACUGCAAAAUAAUUUCAUAUACAUGAUGCCGAUCAAUAUUUGGCCACCAUUUGUCGCCGUUGGCAUUCUCACAGCGACUUUUAGCGCUGGUUUAAGCAAUUUGAUAGGUUCCAGCAGAGUAUUGGAAGCAUUGGCCAAGGACAAUGUAUUCGGUUCGGGAUUAAAUUUUAUAAUACAAGGUACAUGGCGCGGUAAUCCGAUAGCAGCGGUAUUAACUUCGUGGGUUUUGGUACAGACGAUUUUACUCAUCGGUUCAUUGAAUACUAUUGCUCAAAUUAAUUCGGUACUGUUUCUAUUAAGUUAUCUCGCUACCAAUCUUGCAUGUCUUGGACUGGAACUCGCUAGUGCACCAAAUUUUAGACCAACGUUUAAUUACUUUACAUGGCAUACGGCGACUAUAGGUCUCCUCGGGACGUUGAUAAUGAUGUUUGUAAUCAACAGCAUUUACGCUUCCAGCAGUAUAAUAUUAUGUUUAAUCUUAAUCAUCGUGCUGCAUUUAUUCUCGCCGAGUAAAAACGCUCCGUGGGGCAGCAUAUCUCAGGCGUUGAUAUUCCAUCAAGUCCGAAAAUAUUUGUUGAUGUUGGAUUCGCGCAAGGAUCACGUCAAGUUCUGGCGUCCGCAAAUGCUACUGAUGGUUGCGUCCCCGCGCUCCGCCUGUCCUCUCAUCGAUUUCGUGAAUGAUUUGAAAAAAGGAGGACUCUACGUUAUCGGACACGUGAAGGUCGGCGAAUUUGCCAGUCAGAAUACUGAUCCUACGAUAGAUGAAUAUCCGCACUGGCUAAGUUUAGUCGACCACAUGAAAGUUAAGGCCUUCGUCGAAUUAACAGUAACGAAAACGGUGCGCGAAGGCAUGCAACAUUUAAUAAGACUGUCCGGAAUGGGCGCGAUGAAACCGAACACGAUUGUUCUCGGUUUUUACGAUGAGGAAACGCCAAGGAACUUUUUCCUCGAUUCUCAAUAUGCGACGACGAUGUUUGAAAAUACCACGACGCUUCCGAAUAACGCUAUAUUCUCUCUGAGGCAAGCAACGGGUGAAAAGAAUCUGGACCUGAUCCAAUACGUUGGUAUGUGCUCGGAUAUUCUGAGAAUGAAGAAAAAUUUGUGUCUAUGUAGAAACUUCCAUCUGUUAAAUAAAGCACAGUUAACAAAAAAUUCAAAUCUGAAAUACAUUGACGUGUGGCCGGUUAAUUUCUUUCAACCGACCGAUCAAGAUCCAUUCGACACAACGUCGUUAUUCAUGCUUCAGCUUGCGUGCAUUAUUAACAUGGUACCCAAUUGGAAGAACUUGCAUCUCAGAGUAUUCCAUUGCGAAAUCGUGGAAGGCAGCGAAAGUCUAACUAUCUCAGAUUCCUGCAAUUCGAUGAACGAACAUCCGAGAAUCUCGAACGAGCACAGAAUACGGAAAUCGUUAAACUUGUUGCGAAUUUCUGCGUCAAUUAAAAGGAUUCCGGAAUGGGGAGAGCAAGUUCGAGGAUUAAAGGGCAGAUCUUUGCUUGAACCAAAAAAUCAAUAUGAACCAAGUACCGAGUCCAAUAGUGCUUUGAGUAACAUGUCCCGAGCUUAUAUAUUGGGCGUCAAUCAAUUGAUAAAACAGCAUUCCUCUCAAACUGCAACGACAUUUAUUUAUCUGCCUGCACCGCCAGCUUCGAGCACCUGGGACGAGGAUGACAUGUAUCGACAAUAUCUGCAGUUGUUGACGGAAAUGACUGUGGAUUUACCACCGACAGUUUUAGUACACGGUGUUAGCGCCGUCACAUCAACCACUUUAUAACAAAAAUAAAUAUGAAUAGGCAAUGUUGAAAAUCUUCUCGAUUGGUAAGGAGAAAAGACAUACAAGAGAAAUAAAUUAUGUGAUUAUAUUAAAUUAUAAUUUCUCUCGGUUAUUAAUUUAAGAGAAUAUUAUAAACAUAUCAAAUGCAUAAAAAGAAAUUGAAGAUACUUAUAAUUUAUUAUAUCUCUUAUUAUAUUAAUUAAUUAAUUAGACAAUUAUUUUACAAUAUAUAUAGUAGAAUAGCAUAUUGCGAAGCAAUAACUAUUGGAUUUUAGAUUAGAUAAUGUUAUCUGAUGUUCGAAAACAAGUUUAAUAUCUUAAGUACUAAAAUUUAUUACUGUGAUAACAAAUGUAUUAUAUAAGAGAUUUUUCAGAAACAAAUAUUUUUUAACAGUAAACGAUUUUAAAACACAA